UUGCAAGUGGAAAGCGACUGCUUGUUUCCCUCCACAGUUCAUCCUUACUGUUGGCUGUUUGCAAGAGACAAUUCCAUAAUCACGAUGUGGACUCCUGGUUCCGAGAAGAAGACAUAUUUGCCAGUCGUAGAAAAUUCGGAUUCUGGUUCAGAAACAGAUGGCAUGCUAUCUGGUCGGUCGAAUGAGGCACACGAAGUUAGUGGCGCUAAAUCACGAUUGCGAUCAAUCCUCUGGUCACCAUGGUCUCUCCACGGUGGACUCGUGUUGACAUAUACUCUUAUCUUUUUAUCAUGGAGUACAGUUCAUAGAGCACAAACAAGUUGUAUAGAGAAGACGUCGUACUAUUCACCGGCUUUAGAGGCUGCUUCGGAGGAGAACGAGAUCGUUCGUUGGAACAUAUCUGCCAGCUUCCCUUCACAGUGGGCUGGGCCACCAUCAAAAGAAGUGGAUAAUGCGUGGCAAAAGUAUACUAAUCUCGGUGCGCUCAUCCUCUCUGAAGAGGAUCUGAUCAAGAUCAAUGGAUCAAGAUAUUCAGCACGCGUGCCCAAGGAGGUUGGAAAUGGCUACAUUGCUCACGUGGAAUGGUAUCAUCAACUCCACUGUGUCUACAUGCUCUGGCAACAGACAUAUCCGGAAUGGUAUACAGAAGAGGCAAAAAUGCGUGAAAAAGAGCCGGUUUUGUGGCAUGAACACCUCGAUCACUGCGCAGAGACCUUGCGCGCAUCCAUUAUGUGUCAUGCAGACGCAAACAUCGUACCAUCCAAUUGGGUCAAAGGCCGCCAUUGGCCACAUCCAAACUACAAUCUCGACCAUAGAUGUAGAAACUUUGAUGCAGCAUAUCAGUGGAUGUACGAUCAUCAAGCAAAACCUCCGCCAGGCUUUGAGAUGUUUGCUAGACCAAAAGAAGGCGGAUACAGUGAAUAUCCAGACCUGCCUUUUGAUCCAUUCGACAAGGGGUCCGAAGUCCCUUUAAAAAAGGAAGCAGAAUGAAAGAGAGAAAAAUAUGUCAAUGUCAAGCAUAGGCAGCUAUUUUCAAG